CAAAGUGGCCUGUUUGAAAACGCUUAAACUGGGAAAAAUGGGGAGAUGGUGGAAGACAUUGUUCCUGGUUAUAAGGUGGUGAUCAGCAGGACAGUUUACGAAGUCAGCUCUCUUUCUUAAACAGAUUUCAGUGAGCUUUACACAUUUUUGAUGGUAAGCCAGAAGCACGUGCACGUGAUUAUCAACUUAGUGAUUCUCUGCCUCCUUUUCUGUGAUUGUGGUGAGAUCGUGAACUUCAGGGCAGGGACCAAGAUUUGCUACACUUGGAAUCUCUACUGCUUUGAACACUGUCUGGCACCAAGUGGGAGCUAAAUAAAUGUAUGAUUUUUAAAAUGUUGUUUUAGUGACUCAACAUAUCAUUAAAGAUUUCUCAAGUCCUUAUUGUGUAUACACCAUGCUAAGGCACACAGAUACUUAGGCCUGGGUCCUGGUCCUUUCCCAGCCUGGAUGGUGAGAGAAGUUCCCAGGCAUGAACUCUGAAACCAAAGAUUUAUAUAAUAAUUGAAUUAAAUAGUAUUAGAUAUGGCACCAAAUAGCUGCUGAUUAAUUGCCAAGUUAAAUGUUAUAAAUGCUGUGGGUUGCUAAAGCCUAGCAAUUUUUCAGGAAAAACAAUAAUUGGCCUGAGGUAUUAAGUAAAGGGUAGGAUUUGGAGGACAUUGGAGGGAUAAAGAUAAGGACAAAAGUCACUAUUUGAAUAUUUUAAUAUUCUGUGAGGUCAUUUAUUGCAUCAAACUUGCCAAGAGUUGUCCUAGACCUGCUCUCACCGGGUCUCUUUCCAGGAUCUUGGAUCCAUACUGCAUUCAUUGACUUAGAGGCAGGAGGUUGGACUAAUUGACUUCCUGAAACUUUUCCAAGGGUGCUCAUCCUAAUUGUUUUAACUCAUUAUCCUAUACUUGGCAUUAUGUAUAUAUCUCUGUCUUUUGGGAAAUACCUUUAGCAACAGAACAUUGAAAUCUAGCACAUUUGUGUUUUAAAGUAGGAGGCUCUGGUUCUGAAAUAAUGUGACUUGUUCUCUGGACAAAAUACUAAUUCAGUAUCUUUUCUUUUUCUAUUUCUUUUUUUUUUUAAAAGUAGUAUAAUUCUGUCCUUCUGGUCUGUUUAACAAGUAAUCGGUAUAAUACUGAUAAGUAAUUAGUAUAAUAUUGGUGACAGACUCUUAGAAUUGUAAAAUCAUACAUAUUUCAUUCAACCAGUUAAUCAAUGUCACCAAAAAGAGGAGCUUACCAUCUUGUUACUAUCCUGGGAAUUAUGUACCUAUUAAAAAUAAUAACAUAUAAAUAAGUAUCAGAGGAGAUUUAUAGGCAGUAGGUGCUUAUUAUACAGAUUAGAAGAUCACUGUUUGAAUUUCUUUUAUCAAGUUUUGAAUAUUUUGUAAAUACAUUUUGUAAAAAAAAGUCUUUACCCAAGAUGAUGAUCUUUGAUUUUUGUUAAAUAUUUACUAAUCCCAGUUAAGAGUGAGAAAUGUUUUGGAAAAAAACUGUUUUCCUAAAUGAAUCAGUAUGUGGGUUGGUGAAAAUAGACUACUUAAAUGAGUCACUAAAUGGACACUUUCUUAAAGAAACAAUAACAAGGGGUUUUCUGUUUGGAAUUUUGGCCAACUUCAUGUAUUGCAGGUACCCUUCCCACACAAGCCAAAAAAGCGUGCAGACCCAGUGAUCGCAGGUCCGCCCGGCCCGCCCGGCCCAGGCUUGCCAGGGUCCCUCCUGAGCUGCUGGGAGGCUCUUCUCCACGGAAGACUCUUGAUCCUGGGCUGGGCCCCUGCCCUUUGUCUGAGUUGGGUUGGGUUUCUGGUUCGUCUUCCUGUGGUGAGCCUGGGAACCAGAGGAAAACUAUUCAUGGUGACUUCCUUGAACCCCAGAGGGAUCUUGGCAGGGAGUCCUGGGAUAUAGAAAGAACACCAAUGAUGAUGAAGAAAAAAAAGAAGAAACCAAAGCAAAAGAGAUACUCUCAGCCCCGGGUUGGGGGACCUUGGGGUGAUGACAAUGCAGAUGAGCCUAAAGGUCAUCCCUCUGCCACUGACCCACAAAAGUCAGGUGUUCCCCCCAGCCAGCCUACCACUGUGGGCACAGAACAUGGACUGGUAUCCAGAGAAAACUUGAAAAAGGGAUGUGAAAUUGAUUCCAGAGCAGCCAAACUGGUAGCUGAGAACUUUGUCUCCGAGGGUCUCAGCAUUCCUUUGUGUCCUUUGGAAGAACCCCCGAAAACUGCAGUAAAUUCUCAGCCCAAACUGAGAGUAGAGGCAGAGGUGAGAGGUAACAAGUCAGCACCACAGAGCCAAGACAAGAAAUUGCUGCAGCAAGAUGAGUGCAAACCACAGCCUGCACCCUACCUCGAGACUCCUGUGGAUAAAAGCCAGACAGUAGGCUCCCUCAAUCUGAAAGGACCCCUGACAGAAGUUUUUUCACACAAAGUAGAAAUUCCUUUGGAGAUCAGACCCAAAGAGUGUUGCUCUCCUGUCUUGGACCAAGAGGCUGAGGGUAGAGUUUCAAAACCCAAAGCAGCAAAAGAACUGCCUAAUUCCAUACCCACUUUGACAGCAGGUAAUCCAUUAGUAAGUAGUCUAAAAGAAGGAAGUGAUGAAAGUAAAAUGACUAAAUUGCAGAAUGACAAACAGAAAGAGUUUUCUGAGGGAGCUGAAGAGGUUAAAGAACUAAAAAAGGAAAGUAUUCCCAAGGAAAGACAGGAGAACAGCAUCUUUGCUUCUGAGCAGCCACAGGACACGGUGUUAGCUCAGGUUCCUGGACUAGGGAAUGAACCAUUUAAGAGAAUGGCAGGUGAUGGCAAAAGCAGGAAGGGAAAGGGAAGUUCUGGGAAGAUGAGAGCAAGUUCUGGGAAGGUGAGAGCAAGGUCUGAGCUGCUGUGGCUUGCGGACAGCCAGAAGGACAGCAGAGCUGUUCUUGUGCCAAGUGAGCCAGCGCCUAAAAUGGAAAGAAUGGAUAAAAGCGAGGAGCUGGGGCUGGGUUCUUCAGAGCAACCAGGGACCGUGGCUGAGCUCACUGAGGCAGUGGUGAUGCGGGACCCUAAGGAGAUGACUGACCUGAGGGUGGCAGGCACCUUGCAGGUGUUGAUUCCUUUGGGAAAUGGGUCAGGCAUGAUUCAGACUUCCGGUGCUAGAACAGAAGGAGGAGCUGUAGCCAUAGGCAUGCGUGUCAGCAACCAGAGCGAGGAGGAAAAAUGUCCUUGGAUGGAUCAUGAGGCAGCUCCCUGGAUUUCUGAAAAGCCUACAAAAAGAGGCAGUGAAGACAAAAACAAAAAGUUUAAAAAUAGUUAUUCCACACAGCCUGCUAGAAUGGAGAGGAAGGAAGAAAUCCUCAACCCACCUUUUGUAGGGAAGCGUGGGAAUAUUGGUAGUACUCCCCAUCAAAACAGAGAAUUAGAACUUACUUUCCCCAUAAAUCAUGACCCUUUGUUCUCACGUAUAUCAGAUACACCCACAGUGGAAGGAGUUGACCAAAAUGGUAGAAAUGUUGAGGUUAAUUCUUCUAAGCUUGGGGCUCUUGGCAGGAACAAAACAAGCGCAGGCAAGGAUUUUGCUGUUACUGAACCAGCUACCAAGGUGACAGAUGUGAGCUGCCAAGACCAAAUCCAGGGGGCAGGAUUUGUUCCUUCAGUACCGUCUGAGGAGAAUAAGACAGAUGUGGCCAAGAGACAUACUGCAGUUGCUGACAAACCAAAUAAAAGGAGUAAUGAUGGAAAAAGCAAAAAGGUUAAAAAUAGUUUCCCUGAGAAGCACAUUCUGGAGAAUAAGAUAGAUGCAACAAAAAUACAUGUUCCCAUGGAAACCAUAGGGGACCACAGAAUUGAAGGAAUGGGCUAUGUGGAUGAAAAUAGAAAUAUUACAUUUACCUGCCCUAGAACACCACCAGGGUUGAUGAAUAAGACAGUCCCCCUAGAGGCUCAGGAAUCAGCAGCCUGUGAAAAACUGCCCCCUUCUACUUUUCAAGUAGUAAAGGAAAGUGAUUCAUUUCCAGACACCUUGGCAGAAAGCGGGCAAGAGACAGCUCCAGCCCAGAUUUCCAAAUUAUUAGAGGUAGAUAAUUGCAGCAAAGUUGGAGUCCCAGAUGAAGAAAGACCCAAGGCCCCCUGUGCUGUUAUGCCCUCUACGAGCACAGGAGGAGUUGCCCUAACUCUGACAGCAGCCAUAGAAACAGUUAAUAACCAUGGAGUUAGCUGUCUUCAGAAUAAAGGUGAGCUUGCUGGUCCCAUGAAAAACGAAGCAGGGAUAGACGGAGGGCAUGUGAUAGGAGAAUCUGAGUCAGUGCCCAGUGGUGCAUCAAAGCACUCAGUAGAGAAAACCACAGAGCCAGCAGGGGGCCACCUUCUUUCUGGCGUGCUCAUAGAAGAACAAAGCCUGGCAGGUGGGGUCAGAGUCCUAGAAGCAUGUGCAGAUAGCAGUAAUUUUCCAACAUGUCCAGUAAACAAACAGAAAGAGUCUGAGGAAGGUUCUGCUCCAGUUCCAAUUCUUGACCUAAUGGGAGACAAAGCACAAAAGCCCAGUUUCUGUGAGGACCAACGUGCUGAAAAUAGAGAUUCCCAGGGCCCAGAUAGUUUGAAUAAGGAGGUAGAUACGACUCUUUUGCCACCAGAAAGUGAAAAGGAUAAAUUGGAAGAAAUCAGUCUGGAUUCUGAAAGCAGAGAAAUGGCAUGUGUUUCCUUGGCACCACCAGAACUCCAGUCAGGUGUCUUAGAUGGCAAAGUUGAAGUGACUCCUUCAAGUGUGGUAGAUGAGUUAGUAGUGACUGCUUCCAAGGCUCUUCAACUCCCAGAACCCAAAGACAAGAUCUUGGAGGCACCUGAGAAAAUGACAGAAAAAUCUGAACGGAAGGCACUGGGACAAGGGAAGAAGGAAGAUAAAAGCAGAGCGGCAGAACCCAUGAAAGGCUACAUGAGACCCACCAAGUCCCGAGGACUCACUCCACUUUUACCAAAAUCUACAGUCCAGGAACGAGAGCGAUCCAAGCAACUCAAGUUCAGUGGUAUGAACCUGCCGUGGGGAAAUGUGUGUGCUUGUGGCUUUUGGUCAGCAUCAGAAAGGCAAAGAGCUUGUGCUUUGGUUCCAUCCAGACUCUAAUCAUUCUUGUUAACCAUUGGUUUGUUGGCAUGUAGACCUGUAACUGCUAAUUAUGUGUUUUCUGCAGCGAAGGCAUGCCUUGUGUCCAGCUUGGGAGGCUGGUGACUUGGUUGCAUGCCUUUUUACCCAGCACUGAACCUUGACUUUCAGGGGAAGUUGAAUUUCAAACAAUAAAUUGUUUAGCAGAAAGCCUAUCACCAUCCACGAUAUUCUUAAAUUAAAAAAAAAAAAAAGUGUGCCUCCUAUGUGUAAAGUUUACAGCCGAAUUUUAAUCAUAUCAUUAUUUUGUAUAAGGAUUCACAAGAGGAAAGAAAACAUUUCAUGUCCAGCUGUGUGUGUGGGAUUUUUUUUUUUUCCAGUAUACAUAUGUAACUUGUGCUGGUGGGACUAAAUAUCCAAAUUGCUUUUGGAUUGAAUGAAAAUGAACCCCUUAUGGUAGCCUCCACCCAGAUUGGUAAGCACAGACUUUAUUUGUGUUUCUAGAAGUGGGAAAUGAUCUCUCAGUGAUGCAGCUCUAUCUUUUAGCAGUUUGUUGCUUACAGCCAUUGGCCCACAGUUUCACAGGGGUUAGAGUUUGGACAUAGCCUAUGUCCAUGAAACAUAGUCCAUAUCCAUGGGCAAGUCUGUAAAACUUGCCCAUAUAGGAUUCCUCAUAAUUUUGCCCUUUUUGCCUCUAAUCAGUGAAGUAAUUGAGAGGAGACUGAGAAGAUGAUGAUUCCUUUAAGAUUUAGAAAUGUUAAGGGUUUUUUUUCCCCUGAAAAGUAUACAUCUAAUCAUGGCCUUUGAGGUUGUUCACAGCCUGCAAAUGAUGCUAUUACUUAAUCACUGUUUCCCAGCUUGCAUGAUGCAGCUACUAACUCCAGAAAUGAAAAAACACUGGUUGGCCUUGGUGUAGCCAGUUAGGCUUUUGGAGAGGCUUCAUCAUGAGAUGGUGUUCUGCAUGGUAUGGACUUGUUUUGGGUAAAGCUUGUGCUAUGCAUGAAUAUGUACCCGGUAAGGAACGUGUGUCGUGUGAGUAGAGAAUGCUAGAAGCUAUUAUUUGCAUAAGACAUUCUGAUCUUUUCCGUUUUUAUCUUCCAUUAGCUACCCUGUUGCCAAGGCAGAAAAUGAUGUUGUAUGUAAAGUGCUUUCCAGCUUUCAUUAAGAUUCCCAGCCCUCUCUCCAGUUCAUUAGUUUCAGGUUCUAGACCAGUUCUUUGGUUUCAGUGGUAAUUAAAGGAUAACAUGUAAGUUUUCUGAAACUUAGGCAUCUCUUUUAGCUCAGUAUUACUGAAAAAUGUAGGAAGAGGAUUUAUUCUGAUUCUUGAGGAGGCAAGCCAGGUGCUGUAGAACUUUUGGGCUCCUACCUUGACCAGGCCACCCUCAGCGACAUGUGUUAGGAGUAGCCUUGUAGAGUGGCUGAGGAGGGAGUGAUGUAUGUUGGACAAAAUAUCUUCUCUAAAUUCUAUCACACCCCUUCCCUAAGAACAAUCUAUACUUUUUUUAUUUUGGUAGGUAAAAUUAUAAUUUUCAAAAAUUAACUUUUGAAUAGGUUAAUACAUUCACAUGGUAGAACGGGAUAUGCAGUAAAAUGUAAGUCUGCCUCCCCCUGUUAACCCCCAUCCACAUUUCCCUCUCCAGCAACCAGUGUUAACAAUGUCUUACACGUCCUUUCAGACAAUUUACGCAUAAAGAAUCAAUGAUAUAUAUAUUUCCUGAUUUUAUAAAAGUGAGACAUAUCAUGCAUACUGAUGUGUACCUUGAUUUGUAAACCUAGUUAUUUUAGAGCUCUUUACAAAUCAGUACAAAGAAAGGGGCCUCAGUCUUUUUAAAUAGCUGUAUAGUAUUUCACUGUAUGGAGAUACCCUAAUGUAUUUUACCACUUCUUUAUUGAUGGAUGUUCAGGUGUUUUCCUUUUUUUUUCUAUUAGAAACAAGGUGCGUAAACUAAUCUUGUAUAUACAGAAUGUCAUACUUACGUACAUACAUACUUAUACAAAUACAUCUGUAUAAUAAAAAGGGGCUCUGGGUUAGAACCUCUGAUUUGAAGAAUAUAUGUUUAUCUUUUUGAUAGGUGUUGCCAAAUUGUUCCUCAUAGGGGCACAGAGAUGCACCAGAACUAUACUCCCACCCUGAGCAUAGACCAGUACCUAUUUCCCUGUACUUUCUCCUACUAGUGUGGUUUUUCUUUUUUGUUGAGGUGUGCCAAUCUGAUAGGUAAAAAAUUAUUACUUGGUAUAAAUGUAUUUUGUGUUUUACUUCUUAAAUGACUUCCUUUAUUAUCCAGUUUAUAAAAGCCAUCCCUGCUCUGAGUUUAUAAAAAUGUUUUAAAUUUUUCACAUUUUUAAUCUUUGAUCAGUCUAGAAUUUGCUUAUUUGUUUCUGUGUGUGUGUGUGUGUGUGUAUUUUGUUUAUGAAAUAUGCGAUAUGAUUACUUGGUUGUCUCACUAUAUUUGUAUAUUGUCUCCCUCUGAAAUGCCACCUUUGUCAUGCUCUAAGUAACACAAUGUGGCUUAAUAAUAUAUUUUAAUAUCUAAUAGGUCUAGCCCCACAUGUCACCCUAUUUUUCAGAGUCUUCUUGACUAUUCUUGCUUGUUUAUUAUUUUAUAUAAACUUGACAAUUGGCUCAUAGGUUUGUGGGGGAAAAAUCCAGUCAGUCUUGUUCUUGAAAUCACGUUAAAUAUAGAUUACCCUAGGGAGAGUUGUUGCAUAUGUUGAGUUUUUCUGUCCAACAUGUAAUACAUGCCAUAUUCAGUAACAUCACAUGUUCAGGUUUACGUGUCUUAGUCCCUCGCUGGUGCUUUCUUUGUGCAGAUCUUGUAUAUUUCUUCUCUUUUCUUUGGCCUCACGGCUUGUGGGGUCUUAGUUGCCUGACUAGGGAUUGAACCCCCACCCUCGGCAGUGAAAGUGUGGAGUCCUAACCACUGGACUGCCAGGGAAUUCCCAAGAUCUUGUAUGUUUCUAAUAAUGCUUAUUCAGAGAUGUUCAGAAAGCAGGCGAAUGUGCAGAUGCAGAGCUUUAGGCAAGCCUGGGCUCUGAGGCAGGGGACUGAGUGGAAUGGGGAGUGCCUGGAUUUGUGAUAGGGAACUAGGCAGGGUAACCCCUUAUGGGUUCAUAUGGGCUCUGAUGUUUCAUGCAUGCCUGGUAAUAGACCUGGCCUUGGUAAAUUUUAUUUUUGUUCCUCACUUCGAAUCAUUCAUGUUAACCCUCCUGUGGUCGGAUGGUGUUACCCAUGGUUUUCAGUGUUCGGACAGUAAAGAUAUUAUUAGUGGUGUCCAUAAAAAUAAUAGCAUCUGCCACCUAUUGAGUGAAUACUAAGCGUCUAGUUGUCUGUAGAUAGGUAGGUGGAUAGUCGUGUACACACACACACACACACACACACACACACAACAGUACUUUGAAGCAUUCUCUCCAUUUUACACGUGAGGAAAUGGAGGCUCUCCAUGUUAAAGUCACACUGAUAGUGAAGUGGCAGAAAUAGAAUUUAAACCCAAGUCUUUCUGACUCUAAGGCCCAUGCUUUCCUC